AGAAAGAAAUUGCACAGCAACUUCAAGAAGAAUUGAGGUGGCGAAGAACCCUCUUACAUGCUGCUUUUUUAACUUUUGCCCAGAGGCCCUAAGCAGUUUCGCACUUGGAAGCUGUGGUUCCUGGAGCCUUUUCCUCCAAGAUCAUCCAGGUCAGUGAGUGCCCCUGGGAGGGUGGGCAGCCAGCAGAGCACAGUUCUAGCCCCCAACUCCUUCCUCCUGCGCCCUAGGCCCCCUUAUUGUUCUUCAGCCACCCCUCCCCAUCUCCUCCCAUCUUUCUCGCUUUUCAUUUCCUCGGUCCUCAUUUUUGUCUCCAUGCCUUCAUCUUUAUUAUCCUUGCUAAAGGCAAAUGCCAAAUUAUUGUAUUUGGAAGGAAGCUUUUUAGCGUAGUGAAUUCCAAGAUUUGUUCAUUUAAAUGCAAGCCACUAAUGGGUACAACGCCCCUCUUCUCUGACUUCUCCUUUGGGUUUUCAGGGUCUGGUUCAUUGUCUUAUACCUGCCGGUCUAAACGUAGGGAGGUGUUCAGGUGCUGACGACAGUAAGAUGGAAAUCCCCACCUGGGAGAAGGUAAAGAGCUGCAGAUGCAAAUGGCCAGAGCCCUCCAGGUUGGAAGGAACUGUAGGGAGAUGCAGGCAGAGCAGGCGGUCUGCAGAACCCCCAGUUACCGCCUGUGCAUGCCUGUCCUAGGCUGAAGCUCCUCAGGGACUCAUUCCUGUGUGUUGCUGUCCCAGGAAGGAGGGAGAUGGCCGUUUCCCCAAGCGCCCUCCCCAGGUGUCUGCUCACCCUCAUCCUCCUGCAGCUGCCCCCCCUGGAUUCAAGUAAGUCUCCCCCAUAAGGGAUCCUGCCCAGUUCUCCCUAGUGACUCCCUCCGGAAUCCACAUGGCGUCUCCCCAGGCUGUCAAAGGAGUGGGAGACAGGAUGGGAACCCGGCCUGUGUCAGCCUCCAGCUCUCACCCGCACGUCCUGACUGCACGGGUUCUGUUGUUGUUUGCUUUCAUUGUUUUGGGCAGCCCCCUUUGAAGUUCUCAGACCCCCGGAGCCCAUCCUAGCCGUCGUGGGAGGAGACGCUGAGCUGCCCUGUCACCUGCCAGUGAACGCGAGCGCCCAGCGCACGGAGCUGCGGUGGUUCCGACACACCUUCUCGCCGGCCGUGCUGGUGCUCCUGGCGGGGCGCGAGCAGGAGGAUGAACAGAUGCCCGAGUACCGCGGGAGGGCCUCCCUGGUGCCGGCGGUGCUCGCCGGCGGGCGCGCAGCCUUGCGGAUCCGUGCCGUCAGGGCCUCCGACGACGGCGAGUACAGGUGCAUCUUCAGGAAGGACAGCAGCUACCAGGAGGCCGCCGUGAGCCUGAAGGUGGCCGCGCUGGGCUCUGAUCCCCACAUCCACAUGGAAGUUCAAGAGAACGGGGAGAUCCGACUGGAGUGCACCUCAGUAGGAUGGUACCCAGAGCCGCGGGUGCAGUGGAGAACUUCCCGGGGAGAGAAGCUUGCAUCCACGUCCGAGUCCAGGAGUGCUGAUGAAGAAGGCCUGUUCACUGUGGCUACUUCAGUGGUCAUCAGAGACACCUCCCUGGGGAACAUGUCUUGCUGCAUCCAGAACCCCCUGCUUGGCCAGGAGAAGGAAGCAGGGGUUUCGAUACCAGCUCCCUUCUUCCCAAGACUGCCUCCCUGGAUUGUGGCUGUUGCUGUCAUUCUGAUACUUCUAGGACUUCUCACCAUUGGGUCCAUAUUUUUCAUCUGGAGACUAUACAAGGAAAGAGCCAAAGAGAGGAAGCAUGCAUUCAGCUCUAAAGAGAAACUCCUGGAGGAACUCAAAUGGAAAAAGGCCACCUUGCACGCAGUUGAUGUGACUCUGGACCCAGACACAGCCCACCCGCACCUCUUCCUAUAUGAAGAUUCAAAAUCUGUUUGCCUGGAAGAUUCCCGUCAGAAACUGCCUGAGAAACCAGAGAGAUUUGACUCCUGGCCCUGUGUGCUGGGCCGUGAGACCUUGACCUUGGGCAGGCAUUACUGGGAGGUGGAGGUGGGAGACAGGACUGACUGGGCCAUUGGCGUGUGCAGGGAGAACGUGGUCAAGAAAGGAUUCGACCCCCUGACUCCUGAGAAUGGCUUCUGGGCUGUGGAGCUCUAUGGAAAUGGCUACUGGGCCCUCACGCCGCUGCGGACUCCUCUCCCGUUGGCAGGACCCCCCCGCAGGGUUGGGAUUUUCCUGGACUGUGACGCAGGAGACGUCUCCUUCUACAACAUGACCGAUGGAUCCCAUAUCUAUUCUUUCUCCAACAUCUCUUUCUCGGGCCCUCUCCGGCCCUUCUUUUGCCUGUGGUCCUGCGGGAAGAAGCCUCUGACCAUCUGCCCAACUGCUGGCGGGCCUGAGGGGGUCACAGUAGCUGCUGAUGCCCAGGGCCUCUCUAAGGACAUCCCAUUGUCCCCUAUGGGGGAGUAUGCUGCCUCUGGGGACACAGACACUCUCCAUUCUAAAUUAAUCCCUACCCAACCAGGCCAAGGGACACCUUAAGGAAUGUCCCAGUGCAGCUCUCUUCGCUCUAACCUUCUCCUCCAUCACCCUGGGGCUUCAGCUGCCAGUGCCAGCCAGCCUUCGUGCUUCCUGUUGGGCAGCAAUUAACUUGUCUUGGGAAGGUUACGCUGCUGCUGCUACAGAGUGGGGAGAAGGACCUUCCUAACCUGUUUCCAUACCGAUUUUCGAGAGAUGGAGGGGUGACUCUUACACUGCUCUUAGUAUUUUCUUAUCCCAUAAAAUUAGAAACUGCAGGGGAGGGCUUGAGGCAAACGCAAAGGAUAGCUCUGGGAUCAAAAUGGGCCCAGGCUGGCAUGGAGUUGUGGCAGAAGUGUCUUGGUAUCCAGAACAGGGGCAUGUGGAGGAAUGGGUUUUAGGCAAAUCCACAGGGUACCAGGAAGGAUGAUUUCAGGCUGAAAUUCCUUAUGGGAGUUUGGAGGGGACAUCAUGAUGGAGUAAAGUGACGUGAACCCCUUGGCCUGCCCCUAGGGUUUUUAGGCCUAUAUCUCAAAUUUUCUAAGACAUGUCCUAGAAGACAGAGGAAGCUGGUCCUACUUCUAUGGGAGCUGAGCCAGGGAGUAGAAGAGCUUCACGGGGUUGCACAGAAAGUGUGACAGAGGAGAUAAUUCUGGACAAAAGGCAAAGCGAUCUGCACAGCCUUGCCUUGGGCUUGUCCCUCUCUCUGUACCCUGUGCCCCAGCUUUCCCUCCCUUGCCUGCGGGUCAGUCUAACCUCGCUUUGUUGACUCCACGAGUUCCAUUUCACGUCAAAGAUAUGUCCAGGAACCAUCCUCCAGUGAUAGCAACACUUCAUCAGCCACAGUCUCAGCCUCAGGCCCCUCAGCCCUCACCCCCUUGUGCAAACCCUCCCCCACCUUCAGGCACCUUCCAGGGCCAUGCAUUCCCACAAUGUGCGGCUGCCCCCCCAGCUCUGUGUCACUGUGCUCAGUCCCUACAUUGAUUACCUCGGUUUGGAUUUGCCCCGGAGCGUUUUCCUGCCAACGAGCCGCUUAUUUUCCCAAUGGACUGCAAGUUUACCCUGGGUCACUCCUUCCAUUUUCACUGUAUUUUCCCACCUUCCAGGAUCGCUGUUGCCACAGUCUUUACCUAAUAAAUGAGUCUGUCUACAUGCUGAAAGCA